UCUAAGCCAUGACGUAGUGUAGGUUUUAAAGCCAGUAUUCACGCUACAUGUAUGCUGGCUAUAAAACUGGCGCCGUGUGGGAACGUCCUGCAGUAGCACUCGAGACUCUGAAGCUGCGGUCAGUCUUACCUCUGGAACUGUAGUAUGAGAAGCGCCCAGUUACCAGAAAUGAUCUACUUCAUCUGUUUGCUGGGAAUGUUGCCUGUUGGAUGGACAUCUGAAUACUCAUCAGGGACCCUGGAGCAAAUCGUCCAUGGACUCAAGACAAGGAUAGAGACAAUAGAGGAGUACAUCCUCAAAACAGGUAACAUAGACGACAUACCGCCCUCUCUGUUUAAACGGAUGGAGGAACAAGAACUAGGGCAACUGGAACUGCAGCUGGAUAACCUGAACAUACAUCGAGGUGAAGCUAUGAGCGACAACAUAUCUUCCAGGAAUGAUGUACUGAUACCAACGGACCGGAAGCCAGAUGCCUACAAAUACCUUGGAUGUUACAAAGACAGCUGGACACGUGCACUUCCACACCAAUGUAAAGUACCCCAGCUGACAAAUGGCAAAUGCAGGAUGUGUUGUCUUAAACGCAAAUUUACCCAUUUCGGAACAGAGAUUGGUGACCAAUGCUUUUGUGGUGAUAAAGUCAGCAAGGGACACGGAAUGGUGGAUGACUCAGACUGCAGAUCCCCGUGCAAAGGAGAUAAAGGCUCUCGAUGUGGAGGGCCCUGGAGAAUGUCCAUCUAUCAGAUUUCAGAUCUGAACAUUCCGAAAAUUGAAGUAUAAAACGGCAAUUUCAGUUUGCCUGUCAUAUUAAAGUCGCUAUCUUUAUUAACGGGUAUUUAAAUGAGAAUACUAACGCUGUUUUUGAAAGGAUAAAAGCAUUCUAACAGUCACCUUCCAUGAUUAAAUUUAAACAAAAUGUUUGUAGAAU